GUCACAGAAGCAGCAGCAACUGCAGUCGGAUGGCGUCCAGGGGAGGGUACCCGAUGAGCGCGGCGCCCGGGGGUCUCCGAGUGCCCCCCAGUGUGCAGCAGAGUCCGGCAUUCCGAGCCGUGGGGCCCUCCUCCGCCUCGCCUUCCCCCUUUCAGCAGCGCCCGGGGAUGUCCCCCAGUCGUGCCAUGCCAAUGGGUUUGGGCACAAUCCCUGGGCCCUCCUUUGGAGCCGGGCCUCCCAUGAGAGCUGGCAUCCCGCAGUCUGGAAUGGAUCCUUUCCGCAAGAGGUUUCUGCAGCAGCAGCAGGGACUGGCCAACCAACGGAAGGGUCUCAAGCGACGCAAGAUGGCAGACCGAAUACUUCCUCAGCGGAUUCGAGAGUUGGUUCCUGAAUCCCAGGCCUACAUGGACCUGCUGGCCUUCGAGCGCAAACUGGACCAGACCAUCGCCCGCAAGCGCAUGGAGAUCCAGGAGGCCAUCAAGAAGCCCAUCACGCAAAAGCGCAAGCUGCGCAUCUACAUCUCGAAUACGUACACCCCGGGCAAAGCGGAGGGCGAGGAGGCAGAGGGCAUCUCGUCGUGGGAGCUCCGGGUGGAAGGGAAACUUCUGGAAGACCCAGGAAAGCAGAAGAGGAAGUUCUCGUCCUUCUUCAAGAGCCUGGUGAUCGAGCUGGACAAGGACCUCUACGGGCCCGACAACCACCUGGUGGAGUGGCAUCGCAUGCCCACCACACAGGAGACCGAUGGCUUUCAGGUGAAGAGACCCGGGGAUGUCAACGUGAAGUGCACCCUGCUGCUGAUGCUGGACCACCAGCCCCCUCAGUACAAACUGGACCCCCGCCUGGCCCGCCUGCUGGGGGUCCACACUCAGACCCGGGCGAGCAUCAUGCAGGCGCUGUGGCUCUACAUCAAGACCAACAAGCUGCAGGACGGCCACGAGAAAGAGUACAUCAACUGCAACCGCUACUUCAGACAGAUUUUUAGCUGCACGCGCAUGAAGUUCUCGGAGAUUCCCAUGAAGCUGGCCAGCCUCCUGCAGCACCCGGACCCCAUCAUCAUCAAUCACAUGAUCAGCGUGGACCCCAAUGACCAAAAGAAGACGGCCUGCUAUGACAUCGACGUCGAGGUGGAUGACCCGCUUAAGGGGCAGAUGAGCGGCUUCCUGUCCUCGACCACUAAGGACCAGGAGAUCGCGGCCCUCGAAAUGAAGAUCCACGAGACCAUCGAGUCCAUCAACCAGCUGAAGAUUCAGAGGGACUUCAUGUUGAGCUUCAGCGGGAGCCCCCAGGAGUUCAUCCAAGACUGGCUCAAGUCUCAGUGUCACGACCUCAAGCUCAUGACGGACAUCACGGGGAACGCCGAGGAGGAGAGGAGAACCGAGUUCUACGAGGCAUCCUGGGCGCAGGAGGCGGUCGGCAGGUACAUCUUCUCCAAGGUCCAGCAACGCAGGCAAGAACUGGAGCAGGUGCUGGGCAUCCGACUCACCUGAAGUCCUGCCGACGAUGACGGAGGUCUCCAUUCUCUCAUUCGCACUUGGGCUUUACUUUCGAUAUUUCCUAGAAGUUCCUGUGCCACUCUGGCGUGGGCACAGCCUUUUCUAUCUUUAGCAAUAUGGCGCUACCAUUGUGGCCUCCGGGCCGUGCUUUGUAAAACGGUGUUGGGCAAUAAAAUGGAAAGAAACCAAA